GCUUGCAUCGUCCCCCGCCCCUUUAACUGGUCUUCUUGUGGUUCUCCUGAAGAGCUUUCGGUGUCACCCACGCAUCACAAGGCUGGCUUAAACUAAGUGAUUAUCUAGACUACUAAAGCCACGAUUGCCUUACGCUUUGCUUUGCUUUGCCUUGCCUCGCCUCACAUUACAUAAUAUCUCAUCUUUUUCGUUAUUAAAAGAAGAAAAAAAGAAAAAAAUCUGCCCGAAGCUAAACAAACCCACAGAACACAUCGUCGCCAUGUCAACCUCAAGUGGUAGUCGGCCCACCAGCCGCAACUAUGAUACAGGCUUCCCUGAUGCAUUCGCCGAAUACACCACUUCUCUACGCCACCCAGAUGCAGAUGUUAGUCCGAAUGCCUGUAUUGCAGCUGAGGACAUCGAUCCGUCAAAAUCGUUACAUCGGGCUCGAAGGUCAUUCCUAGCGAGACACAGCCUGUCGAAUAAGCACACAAUAAGUCACGGCAUGCUCGCCCAAACUCUAAACCGAAAGCGGUCCAGCCACUCCAGUCUGGUCAUGACCUCAGCCGACAGCGGGGUCGACGUCGGUCAUCCUAAGCGCACAGAUACGAAUGGCAGCAUUGGAGGGUCUUCAAAAGAUGGUGCCGAGAGCAUUGUGAUGUCUCUCAAUGAUGAUUCCCCUCCAUCUUCGCCCAUGUCCCCAAGCGACGAACAAGCUGGUAGCGAUGGACGUCAAAAGAUUAAGCUGUUCCGCAAGUGGCGUAGUCAAAAAGACUAAGGUCCUGAUACACAAUCCCUAUGUCCGUCCCUAUUGUCGAAACCAGCUGGAUGAUGGGGUAAACGUAACCGUAAUGGGAAUGCUGUGAUGGGGAACUGGUAGUCUGUGGAGCUUGGAUAACCGAAAGCUUAAUAUUCGAGUUCUCGGUCUUGAGAUUGAUUUUCUAGCAUGGAGUUUGGUUUAGCAUGGGAUUAGGUAUGGGUUUUUGGUCAUUUUACUAAAUAACUAGGAAAAGGAAAAAAGAAAGAAGAAGAAAAAAAACUACCAAGGUUGAGUCUGAAUUGGGAUCCCAGCCUUGCUUCACUCGUCCUUAUGGCCAAAAUCAAAAGGUAUCAUGAUAAAUGG